AUGGAGCUGGUGGCAUUACUUCAUGUCCUGGAGAUUGAAUUGAAAACGAAGGACCACCGUGUCAACUCCGUGGCAGAGCUAGGGACGGCUCGCAAGUCUCUCGGAGCAGGCGCUCGCAUUUGCACACCACUCGCCCUCCGCAAGGAUCCGGGAAUUCCCAAUGCUCGCGAGACGAAUCACACGGGGGGGAUCGUCACGCACCGGCACCCCCCAGAUCCAGCCGCAUACUCGAUCCGUCGAUGGGCCGCGCCAAUGAGUGAUCCCAAUCAAUCCUGGGGACGGCCUCGCUCCGUACGGCCAAACUCAAACCGGGCUGCAACGUGCGUCGAAUGUUGA